AUGAAAAACGCAAAAUCUCGCACAACGACCACGUGUCAGGUGACACGGCCCACACCCCGCCUGUCAGGGGCGGAGAUUCUUCAACAGCUACGAGAUGAGGGUUUGGUCCCCGACCGUCAGUCCAGCGGAGGAGUGGCCUUCUCUGUCCCCGCCGUGGAGGGGGUUGUUCCCCGUGGCAAAGCUCCCCGACGUCUGGAGCAAAUCCCAGUGCGAUGCUUCUACACAGCUGAGAGGAGGAGACAGAAGGCUGACGAAUUCAGAUUUAACAAGCUAGUUGAUCAAGUACAGAGGAAACAACUGGACAGGGAAAUCAAGCACAAAGCUGUCAAGGACGAGAAGAAACGUCGCCAGUUCCUCAAGAAAAUGAGGGCAGAACAUCAGCUCCAGAUGAGGGAGGAGAAACUAAAGAAGCUGGAGGAAGAGCGGGCGGAGAAGAAGAAGAAGACGUCAUUCAAGAAUUAG